UGGGGUUUGUUUUGGUGGGCUGGAUGGAGCGAGGGAGCUCUCAGUGACAGUGCAGACAGAGACGGAGCGGAGCAGAGCAUGGAGACAGACCCGCACACACUCAGGAGCUCUUACUAACACCAACACAGCAGAAACGGGGAGUGUACUGGCGGAUUUCUCACACUCGUACCACCCGAACCCGAACCCGAACCACCGCGCAGCAACUCGUGGACAUGCAGCUUCAGGACGAGCGGAGCGAAGCUGCGAAUCUUUGUUGUGUGGAAGAAGAAGACGACGGGCCUUCCAGGAGGUCCGGCUAGCCUGCGUUAGCUGACCGAACCCCGAGCUAAACGGGCCAAUUUAACGUUCAGCCUAUCUUCUUCCUGCUGGAAAGGAAAGCAGCAGAACUUCUGGGCGCCGUGCUGAAGAUACUAAAGCCAGCUGUUCGUUUGACAUGGCACCUGACAGCUAGCUUAGCUUAGCUUAGCCUUAGCUUAGCUUAGCUUAGCUCGGCGAACCUGCGAAGCUGUUGUUCUGGUUCCGCCGCAGCCCGUAAACAAAUCUUGUACUUUCACAUCUCGUAUCUUGUUCUCUCACAAUAAUGCCUGAUUUGUAGCUACUCUUUAUAAGUCGCGUUUUUUAAAAAAGCCUCUCUUUGUUUUGAGUUCGGCGGGUUUCGCUGACGCUAAGCUAACAAUGAUGUAGUCUAUCGAGCCUGCUUCGCGAGCUAACGCUAGCUGGCAAAGUAGCCAAGCGCUGGUCGAUUAAAGGAGUUUUAUGUCGUAUAAAGACAGCUGGUUUAUUUUGUUUAAUUUGAGGACUCACAUUAAGCAUUUGAUGAUUGAAUAACUAAUUAAGCUGGCUGUGUAUGCGAUCAAGCCGAAGGGUAGCUAACCUAGUAUGCUCCAAACUGCUAGCAUAAAGAAACUUCAGGUUUUUUAGUCGACGUAUUUGUCCGAGCUGAACUUUUUUGGCUUGUAACUGGUCAAAGCAACGUUACACCAAACCAGCUGGCUAAAUAUUCGCGACGGCUGAUCUUUUUUAACUGGCUGGAGACGAGCCAGGGGCUCUUAAUCGGACUGUUCGGGUCGAAUAUUCGCCCGGGCAGCGAAUAUUAACUGGUUGAACUGGUCAGAGUGACUACACAAAACCAGCUGGCUAAAUAUUUGCCACAUUCGGUCUUCUUGAACUGGCCGUACUCGAGCCUGGGACUCGAUUAAUCACCGAAUAUUCGGUUACGCAGGACGGGUCCAGCUUUUGGCUUCAGAAAAAGCGCAUAGUAACAGCAUUAAACUGCUGUGAGUUGCUCUGAUGCGAGCGAGGAUGGGCACUCAGGGCAGCCCUGUGAAGAGCUACGACUACCUGCUGAAGUUCCUGCUGGUGGGGGACAGCGAUGUGGGGAAAGGAGAGAUACUGGACAGCCUGCAGGACGGAUCUGCUGAGUCGCCUUACGCCUACAGCAGCGGAAUCGACUAUAAGACCACCACUAUCCUGCUGGACGGAAGGAGAGUGAAGUUAGAGCUGUGGGACACUUCGGGACAGGGACGCUUCUGCACCAUUUUCCGCUCCUACUCCAGAGGGGCGCAGGGGAUCCUGCUGGUCUAUGACAUCACCAACCGCUGGUCAUUCGACGGGAUUGACCGCUGGAUUAGAGAGAUUGAUGAGCAUGCUCCCGGAGUGCCGAGGAUACUGGUGGGGAAUCGGCUGCACCUGGCGUUUAAGCGCCAGGUUCCGACCGAGCAGGCUCGCGCGUACGCCGAGAAGAACGGCAUGACCUUCUUCGAAGUGAGUCCGCUCUGCAACUUCAACGUCAUCGAGUCGUUCACGGAGCUGUCGCGCAUCGUCCUCAUGAGGCACGGCAUGGAGAAGUUCUGGAGGCCAAACCGAGUGUUCAGCCUGCAGGACCUGUGCUGCCGUGCGAUCGUCUCCUGCACUCCGGUUCACCUGAUCGAUAAGCUGCCCCUCCCUGUGGCCAUCAAGAGCCACCUGAAGUCCUUCUCCAUGGCCAACGGCAUGAACGCGGUCAUGAUGCACGGCCGCUCCUAUUCGCUAGCCAACGCCACGGGCAGCAAAGGCAACAGCCUCAAACGCUCCAAAUCCAUCCGGCCGCCGCAGAGCCCACCACAGAACUGCACCAGGAACAACUGUAAAAUCUCCUAGCCUGGGUCCCCAGGGGAGGGGGGUACGCCCCCUCCUCUCUCCCCAACGCUCAAGGAGUACGGACAUGAGGAUUUUGGGGCAAAGGUGACUGGAGGUGUCAGUGCAGGGGCGGCGGCCCCCCCAAAUUUGCUGCAGUUGUAUUACUACACUUAAAGAAUUUACACCUAAACAUGCGAUUUAUUACACAAUCUGUGAAAAUGUCAAUCUCGAAAUUCACCUCUAUUGCAAUAGCGCCCUCUGGUGGAGACGGAGCGACUGAGAACCCAGCCCGUCCAACACUGUUGAUGUUCUCCUCGGCUCGUUAACCUCCGGUUCCGCAUGUUUUUUUUUCCUUUGUGAUAAACUCCUGGCCUUGAAGGAUGGGGACGCAUUCGGGUUCUUCCCUUCUGCCUGACAAUGAACUGCUUUUAAGGAUCACCACGUCUUGCAUGCUUUGUGUCACCAGAACGUUGAGGAACGGCUCCGUAACCAAUAUAUGAACUAAUAUAUUAAAGACGUGAGUUCCACUGCAAGUUUGUGGUCUCUGAAUAACGCUGGAUAACGCUGCAGAUGGUGACAAUGAUGAACCUUAUGAUGGUCUGAACGUGUUUAUUUUCCCUGGAAAUUUUGUAACAGCAGCUGUUGUUUCUGGGCAGAUAAUGACUGGACUUUGGAAAUCUCUUGGCAGACUGUGCUGGAGAACUUGUCUCAUGAAGAUAUUAUUUGUUGGGUCAGGACUUUCUCUGCGGAUCACAUUGUGAACCUCCUCAGGGGUCAGUUUUGGCGAUUUUGUUUGUCCUACACUUGGGACGCGUCAUGCUUGGUCUGUUUCUCAUGCCUUUACAAGCAGCAUCAUCUCUCGCAGAGUUAUUAUUGGAACACAUCCCUGUCUGUCAGAAGCUCCCUAAUUUUCCGGUCGCAGUUUUUGUACAGCCCUUGUGCCAAACCCUCCAUAAUCUCCACGUAGGAACUGUUUGUUUCGUGUUUGGUUCUUCUCAUCAGUUUGAGGCACCAGGACAAGUUUUUUCAGUUUAGCUGUUCCCCGUUUCCAUUCCCUCUCAGUUUAAAGCGGCUCAGUGUUUUAGUAAAGUCAGUGUUACUCUCAGCACUCAGUUCAGCGCACUCGUCUUUGCUGUAGCCUUUCUGAACUGCACAUAGAACAAAGCAUGGUUUCUGUUUGGACGCUGCUGACCGCGAUCGCUUUGAGACCCUGUGGACGUAGAACAGAAUGCUUGUUUGUGUGUUCAAAUUUAAAAAUCAACCACAAGCUUGCUCACGCUGCCCCUUUUGAAGCAGUACUCCUAUGUUUUCACCCUGAUCUAUAUCUGCUGCACCUACAUACAGGUAAUUACCUUAAACAAUAACGUUACCCUGUACCGAGUACCGUUGGCUACGGCUGAACGAUUUGUGAAAAAUGUCUAAUUGCGAUUUUUCUGAUCAAUAUUGCGACUGCGAUUUAAAUUGUGAUUGUUUUCUGUAGAUUAAAGUCCAGGCCUGUUAUUUUGGCCCAAAACACCAGAACAUCCACUUUUUCUAGCUUGAGAGUUGAACACCGAUCAAGCCAGACUGCCAGUUAGUUGUGGUUGUGAUGUCACGGCAUAUAGUUGUUUGAUUCUGAUUGGUCUAAGUUUACAUGCUCUGAUAUUAGGUUAAUGUUCCCCAAGACAACAGUGAUAAUAAAAACUGGCUGUAAUUAAAAUUGCAGCUCUUGUGAUUUUGAAAAUUGCACUUUUAAGUCUCGAUUUUGAUAUAAAAACAAUCUCAGCAUUUUUAUAAGAAGCCAGUGGGCAGCUGCUCCAGCACCAACACUGUCCACGGUAGCUGACCGUACGAUAGGAACCGCAGCAGAAAUCAGGUUAAACGCUGGAGUAUUCCUUCAGUAAAGGUGCGUUUAGGGACAGUGGGCCUUCUCCUCCAUUCUCAUCUGCAGAGUUCCUGUCCAGUCCAUCUUCUGAUGGAUCCAAACCCAGUUCAGUCAUGAUUCACUGCUGAUGAAUAAUAGAUUCCCCUCUCAGAUCUGCGGAGGUUUGACCAGCUGGUCAGCCUCCUCUGUUCUCUCUGUCCUCCACCCUCCUCUAUCUCAGGGACUUGCCCCAAAUCCCCCCAUAGCAGCCCCACCCAAUGAAGCCUAAGGCCUGGCUGAGCGGUGCGGCAGCCACCAGGGGGCGCCCCUCACACCCGAACCCAAGGGCUGCAACUUUUCACCGCUUCACUCUCAUAAGCUACUUCGGGAAGAGAGAAACUGUCUAGCGGACAGCCGAUAGAGCCCCACUGUGAGAAUCCGUGUCUGAAGAGGUUUUUCCUUUAGUGGCGUUAAACUUGUCUGAAUGUUUUGAAGGAGCGAGUCGUUUUCUUCACGUCCGCAGAACCCUUAGUAUUAGUUUUAGUCUUGGAGGGGAGGCGGUGGGCUGUUCUUCUCCAUACUGCACACUGUAAAGUGCAGAUUUAUGUGGCUUAGUUAGAAGAAGUCGAUCUCGUCAGUUUCAGCUCUGGUUUUGUAUUGUAAGGUGUUUUCUGUUUUUUUUUGUUUGUUUGUUUGUUUGUUUUCUUAAAAUAAGCCUCUAAUUUUUAUCUCAUUACAUAUUCCGAACCUCCUUCUUUUAAACUGAAUGAGCUUGAGUGCCACUUUUCCAGACACAGAUUAAGCCUAUUUUCCAGAAUUAAAAAAAAUUAAUAAUAAUAAUAAAAUAAAUGACGGCAUAAUUUAAUCAAAGACCAGGCUUAAGCAGUGUGUGGAAAAGCAGCCCCGCGCGGUAACGUGUGCUGUGGGUUAGAUAAAGGGAAGAAUGAUGUGAAUGCAAUGAACAUACAAUUGUAAACACUAUAUUUUUGUUUCCUUUGGUUUAAGCUAAAAGCUGCUGAGUAACUUAAAUAAGGAAUAAUCAAGUGUUCUUGAAACAACAAACCGAACAUGUGUUUUUAAAUUAUUGAUUGUACAGUUCUUAGUGUAUGAAAGCAACAACUUUUUCACAAUAAAAGUACAGUAUCAUUUAAA